AUGUCUACCUACGAUAAAUACCAAACUCCACUUUCCUCAAGAUACGCCUCAAAGGAAAUGUCGGAACUCUUCUCACUCCGUAAUAGAUACUCAACUUGGCGUAAACUUUGGCUUAACUUGGCCAUUGCUGAAAAGGAAUUAGGUAUCACUGCAAUCUCUCAAGAUGCCAUUGACCAAAUGAAAUCUCACAUUGAUAUCUCUGAUGAAGAAAUCGAAGCUGCAACUAAACAAGAAGCCAUUGUCCGUCAUGAUGUCAUGUCCCAUGUCCAUGUCUUUGGUGAAACUUGCCCAGCAGCUGCUGGAAUUAUCCAUCUAGGUGCUACCUCUUGUUUUGUAACUGAUAAUGCUGACCUUAUCUUCCUUAGAGAUGGUUUCGAUAUCCUUAUCCCUAAACUUGUCAAUGUCAUUGAUCGUCUCUCUGACUUUGCAAUCAAAUAUAAGGAUAUGCCGGUUCUUGGUUGGACUCAUUUCCAACCUGCUCAACUUACUACUGUAGGGAAACGUGCUACCCUUUGGAUCCAAGAACUUCUCUGGGAUCUUCGCAAUAUCGUUCGUGCUCGUAACGAUCUCGGUCUUCGUGGUGUUAAAGGUACAACCGGUACUCAAGGUUCCUUCUUGGCCCUCUUCCAUGGUCAACAUGAUAAAGUCGAGGCCCUCGAUGACCGUGUUGUUGAACUUUUAGGAUUUGACUAUGCUUACCCUGUCACUGGCCAAACUUACUCUCGUAAAAUUGAUGUCGAUGUCUUGGCUCCUCUCGCUUCCCUCGGUGUCUCUGCUCAUAAAUUUGCUACUGAUAUCCGUUUACUCGCAAACCUUAAGGAAAUUGAAGAACCCUUUGAAUCUACCCAAAUUGGUUCCUCUGCAAUGGCUUACAAACGUAACCCCAUGCGUUCCGAACGUGUUUGCUCUCUUUCCCGUCACCUUCAAUCUCUUUUCCAAGAUGCCACUUCUACCGCUUCUAUCCAAUGGUUUGAACGUACUCUUGAUGAUUCUGCAAUUCGUCGUGUCUCUCUACCCUCUGCCUUUUUGACUGCUGAUAUUGUUUUAUCUACUCUUCUUAACAUUGUUUCUGGUCUUGUUGUUUAUCCUAAAGUUAUUGAACGCCGUAUUUCUGCUGAACUCCCCUUUAUGGCAACUGAAAAUAUUAUCAUGGCUAUGGUUGAAAAGGGAGGUGAUCGCCAAGAAUGUCAUGAAAAAAUCCGUGUCUUGUCUCACCAAGCUGCUGCCGUUGUUAAACAACAAGGUGGUGAUAAUGAUCUUAUUGAUCGUGUCAAGAAGGAUGCUUACUUUGAGCCUGUCCAUGCUCACCUUGAAACUCUUCUUAAUCCUUCAACUUUUGUCGGUAGAGCUCCUCAACAAACUGAAAAGUUUGUCAAGGUUACCGUUGCAAAGGCUCUUUCUGGUCUCGAGCACCAUAUCAACAAGAAGGAAGAGUCCAAGCUUGCUGUUUAA